AUGAAAAUCGUGGAUCUACUAUUUACAAUAUACUGUGUGGCCGGUAUGUCUUCUACCAGAUGGACAUUGUUUAAAUGAGUGAGACAGAACGUGCAUGUUCUUUGAACUAAAAUGCACACUUUGAUUGACAUUAUUAAUGCUCGUAUGAAUUUAUAUCUUUAACAUUGACUGACAUAAAUGAGCUGGAAUAGAGUUUUUAUAGUUCUUAUUAUCCAGUAUCAGUAUUUCCAGGUUAUGUCAUCUGCAGGGCUCGCAUUUAAGCAAGGGAUUAGUAAGAACACAUGAAAUGUAGAACUAACAUAGUCAUUUUAUUUAUCCCAAUAAAAAGGAAUUUUAGCAAAUUAGAUAUUAUUAGUCCGAAUUUCUUCGUUUAGGCAUGACUGCUGAGGAACGAUUCUACAAACCAUUAUCAAAUGGACUCGAGGAUAACAUUGUCGCUUCAGCCGAUAGAUGUCAGUGGGUGGAAAUCAACCUUCCGGAGCCGCUUGUGGUAGGGUUCACUCGCGAAAUGCCUUCUAACAAAUAAACAUGCUAAUAAAUAGCAUGAAGAGGCUACCAUACAUUUUCUAUUUUUUUAUUUAUAAGAAACGUUUUAACAGGCAAAUGCGACCACGCACCACAUUUACUUUCUCCGAUUGACGCAAAGUAUUAAAUGUCAUUAAAACUAUUUCCUUAGAUGUUUUUAGUCAAUGUAAUAUUUUGGGGUGACUGUUAGUUCUCCUUGACAGUCCUAUUACAAAUGCAGGUAAUUAAACUACGUAAUAUGUCAAAGUAUAGUUAGGAUCGCUACAGUAAAUGUCAGAAAAUGUCAGUUGAAAUUCCGAAAUGCGUAUUCGUUUCGAAAAAUUAUCUAAGUAAGGUUUUAAAAUAAAUUAUCCUACGGCACAAUUGUGCUUGCAAAAGCAUACUCUGUACGAAAUGAAUACUUAGGCAGCCUGAAUUUUUCUUAUUGAUUUUCAGUGACCAUAAAUAUUUAAGCAUAUUUCAUGAAUUUCGAAAAAUAUUCAUUAUUUUGGACACUAGAUAGAAAAUGACGUUUACUCGAAGGAAAGGCAUAUUUCGGUUUUACAAAUACUUGCCAUUUCUCGAAUAGUUUUGAAUCCGACCUAUCGUUACAGGGUUUCUAAUCUGCAAGCCUUAUAUUUUCUACGUGCGGAACACCACGCACUUCUCUGUGGUAGUAGGAGGAGACUAUAUGGGCAUAAUACUAUUUAUUACUGGAUAUGGGCCAUAUUGUUUGCUUUACAAGGCCCGUAAGUAAAUGCAGAAACAUGACGCCUGGUGAACGUCCAUUUCACGAUAUCAGAAAAAUCUCACAACUGGAAACCGUUUAAUACCAAAUUAUGCCUUUCCUCCGAGUAUAUAAUUGAAAUAACAUAAUUUGCUACCGAAUGAGCACAAUAAUAAACAUAUCAUGCCUGUUUUUUUGAAAUAAUCCAAAAUGUUUAAGAGCAUAGAAGGUCAAUUAGAAAACUGCAUGCUAGAUAAGUAUCUCUUUUGUACGGAGUAUGUUUUUGCAUGCAAUCGGAAGGAAGUUCAUUCGAAAGCCGGAAAUCCGAAGGUAACAGAAUACCUAUAGAAUUAUGCUGCAUGAUAAUUUCUUUUAAAAGUCUACUUAAGUAAUAUUUUCCAAACGAAAAUGCAUUUCAGAAUUUCAGUUAACAUUUCUUGCGUUGAUAUAUGUACUGUAGCGAUCCUAACUGCACUUUGGUAUAUGACGUGGUUUAAUUAUCUAAAAAUUGCAAUAUGACUCUCAAGGAAAAAUAACAGUUAAGUUAAAGUGAACACAUUUUGGGAAGUGAUUUUCGUUGCAUAUGGAUUUCGUGGUAGGCAUAGAAAAUUAAUGUGGCGCUUGGUCGUAGUUGUCUAUUAAAAGCUUUCCUCCCGAGGUAAGUGAAUUAUUAUAUAACUAUGCUGCAUGACGGUUAGUUUUACAACCCAGGUUAAUGAAUCUUUUCGAAAAAAACGCAGUUGAGAAUUACGGUCAAUAUUUCGUGAGGUAGCAAACUUACUCUUGGUCCUAAAAACCUAAAUCAAAUGCACUUAAGACGAACCUUGUCAAUUCAGUCGAUAGAUGCUAGUGAGUGGUCAUCAACCAUCAUUCUUGUCGUAGCGCUCACAAGCAAGAGCAUACUCAUAAAUAUAUAUGCCAAUAUGUGUUAUAAAGAGGCGGAUACGACCAAGUGCCACACUUACUGUUUCUCCUUACCAAUAAGAAAGUAUCAAAUGCGACAAAAUAUAUUUCCCAAAACAUUUCUAACAUAUGUAACGUAUAGCUAAACUGCUAUUUAUCCUCGAAAGUCAUUCCACAAAUUAAGAUAAUUAGACCACGUAAUUUGCCAAAGUACAGUUUCGAUUGCUAGGAUUUGUUACAUUUCGUGGACAUUUGAGUCCACCAAUGUCUGCCAUUUUACGAAAAUUAUAUCUUAUUUUCAGGGCAUUGAGUUGGAUGAUCUAAAUCUUUUGUGUGAUAAUGGAUCAUGCAAAGCCGAACCAAACGAGACCGCAGACGUUAAAUAUAUUGAGAAAAAAGGUAUGCGACUUCUUUCCUUAUAGAAAAAUAGAAUGUUCACGUGGUAUUCCGUCGUAAUUGUAAACAGUGAGGAACAGUGAAACUAAAUGGACUCAUAAGGAGCAUAACUUAAAACAAUCGGACUUUCUAGACAACGCCUCGUUAUAUAGAAUAAAGCGAGGCGUAAAUACAUAACCUUACUGCUUAAAACAUGAUAAUAAGUUUUUGCACUCCAAGAAGUCAACGUGACUAAACUGUCAAUGAGACCACCUGUUCUACGAGACUGUCCUGUUAAUCAACAUUUGGAAUCGCACUUAUGGAAUUAUAUGUAAAACUGAGAUAAAAUGUAGUAACUCACAAUUAGCUCAGCGCGUCAAGUGAUAAGCAACAUUCCCAGUAGGUAAGAUAUCAACCGCACAGAAAUGAUAUUAGACAUGCAUCGUGAAAGGCCGAAUGAACAACAGGGGGAUCGUCGCGAAUCGCAUGGAUCAGGUCGAAUCAAGUUAAUUUUUAGAAGUGACGAACACCACGGCAUGCUGUCCUGUGGGAAACGCUAUAUCUGGUGGAGAUGGAAAUUGAACCAGUCAACAUGUUCUAGCAAUCAUGGGUGGACGAGCUGGAGCCAGAAUUUCAUUUUUUUCACAAAUGCAAAUAUCCUUCGCUCAUGGAAAUGCAGCAGAUGACAGUAUUAGGGCGAUAGAGAGGCCUAAAUAUCAGUAUCUCAUCAACGAUUUAUCUGAUGACUAUCGCCUGUUUUACGAGUGACCUUCUAGAGACUUUUCCAAACUUGAUUGAUCAGCCGGUUUCGAGACUGUCUUUGCACCCUCUAGUAUAUGCAUCUACAAGAGAUGUGUAAGCUUUGAACAGUAUAGACAGAACAUUUCUAAUUAUUCUGGUUGGAAUAAUAGUUAUGCUGCUUAGGAAAAUUAGGUAAGUGAUUGUGCCCAAUCGUCGCAGCCUACAGACAAUGCCGUUUCGGAUGAAAAUGAAAAGUUAAGGCUAAUAUGCAUUAUUCAAGCAAUCAUUUAAUUUUACAUAACGUGCUCUGUCGGUUCUCGGUUUGUAUACGAUGUAAAAAGGUAGUAAAACGUUUAUUACAGAAACGCAUGUUUGAAUUUGGAAGAGGACGCAGGUCUUAUUCUUGUGCAAACUUUCAGUAGCAUAUAAAUUUUUUACUAAGGAGCAAAUGACUACAAUGACUGCGUUUUUUAAUGUUUCCCUUUAUUUAAUCAUCAGAAGGAAGGUACUAUAAAGUGAGUGCCCAGUUCUGCAAACCCGAACUCAUAAAACACUUUCGAAUUGGAUGGGAGGUAAAGGAGUUUGAACGACCUGGGCGGAAGACAGUGCUAACACAAUUCAUUGUCCCCGACAACGACUGGUCGGGGAGCAGUAGAAGUAAGUGAUCUUAAUGCGGUUUGGUAUAUAAAGUAUCUUUCAUUUUUUGGGAUCUGACGAACACCAAAUGCUCUUAAUUGUAGGCUGCAUUCAACCAAAAUAUUCUCUGCCACUCAUGAAAUCCGUCAAUGAAAGUUCUCAAGUUACAGUACAGUGCGCUAUCCGGAAAUCAACUUGUCAUAAAGAUGAGAACGUAUGCUUCAUAUAAUGACCCCAAAUUUGUCAAGCAAUUAAACUGGAAUAUUUAACUGAUACUUUUGUUUUAGAUUGUAAUUUUCGACUUAAACAACGUCUUCUGUGUAUACAACGAGACCAUCAAAACAUGCAGUGAGUACUUGGUGGUUGAAUGUUUGUACAAUCACUUGAGGCCGAAUUUACGUUUUUCCUUCCUUAAAUAAAACAUUUCAAUUUAUUCUACAGUCAAAACAGAAGAGAACGAUGAAGUCGUUUAUUACACCACCACGGUUUCCAAUACGGCCCCAAACAAAUAUUUUCCUGACCAUUACAUCUUCUGUAACUCAUACGACAGUUACAUGUCAAUGAGGCUCACCUGGAACUCAGGCAAGACUUCUUUUUGCGUAAAUAUAAGUCGUCCCUUUAAGGACAUAUUUUGGUCAGGUAUUUUAGCCUUUGUGGCUGAAGCAAAUGAGAGUAAUCCUAUGGGGGUGAUGCUCAGAAUCUAGUUUAAAUUGCAUAUCCACCUCAGAUAGUUCUUACAGUGAAUUGUGAUUUGAACCAAUGACUAACUGACGAGAUAAUUGUAAUAAAGACACCACCGUUGUAAAAAUACAUGGUGACGCUGAAGCAAGAAAUAAACUCAGCAAAUAGAAACCAGUUUAUUAUACAGAAGAGAUUUUGUAAAUCUGUCGUACUUCAUUCAUUGUACUGCAUGAAAUAUUUCCCAUGGUUUGCAUAGAUCAACAGUCGACGACUACCGAAGAGAAUAUAGCAGCAACAGCAUCGACCCACGGUAAUAAAAUUCACAUGCUUAUUCGUCUUUAUUUGCAAGUAUUUGUAUGCUGCAGUAACUGUUGAUUCGAAAAGGGCGUCCCCAUAUUUCUUGAUAAUGUACCGUGAAUGAUUCGCAAUAUCUUUUUUAUGAAAUUAUUUUGAUGUCGAUGAUUGUUCUGACAGUGCUUCCGAGUUUUAACACUAUUUUGUGUGAAAAAAGUGAAGUGCCCACCGGAUGGAGACAGUUGUUUGGUUGACGUUUCAAAUAGCUUUGGCGGCUGUCCAUCAUCAAAGCAUAUGGUGCAAAAAUCAAUCAGAAUUUGGAAAUGUCAACCAAACAGUUGCCUCGAUUUGGUGGGCACUUCCCUUUCUUCAUAUUUUCAACCCGUUUAUCUUAUAUUUGCUAAGCUGAACUAUUUUGCAUGCAUGCAGUUUACGCUAGCUUUGAACAGCCCACGCGCAUGCACGUUUACGCUGGCUUUUAAAUGCCCAGAUGGAAGGAUCAAAUGACUCUCAUACAAGUUAAACAUUCGAUUUAAAUGUAUGCUACUUCAUUUUUUAAAUCACGGUCGCUUAAGCAGAGCAAACUCAGACAUAUCUACGUAUUGUGCUCUAUAAAUGGCAAAUCAAUUUUUUUUAAUUGCACAAAUCCUCAUGCUCCAUAAAGUGUCGCGGAAGGUAUAUGCUUACUACCUUCAAAUACUAUAGACAGAUUUGUUCGACCGGCCUAACAUUCGUCUAACGGUUUUUAUUUGGAUAAGGCGUUAUAUGAACGUGUCGCAGUAAAGCUAGUCUUGCUAUUUAUUUUGCUUAUUUUGUCUAUCCCUCCAAAUUAACGUACACUUGAUUUCCAUAGAGCAGCGGGCUACGAUCAUUGUGGAGACUGCAACAACAACAAUGUCGAAUAUAAGUAAGGCCUCGUAUAUGCUUAUUCCUAUAUGUCAAUAUGCAUAUCCAUCUCGAAGCAAUUUUUCAUUCAGAUACAAGGAAACACAAACCCGGAUUGUUACAGAUACAGUGCGAUGUAUGACAGUGGUUCCAUAAUCUUGUUUAAAAUUUAUCCCGCUCACACUUGGUUCGACGUAUAUCCACCAAUGACAACUAUAGAAGUGAUAUUUAGUACUGUGUAUGAGUAAGUAUUAAAUCUAAACUGAAAGCAUGUUAACCAAGGCAGGCCAGAGUUAGACCAGUCGAAAUACAGUGCGUUUUUUGGAGCCAUAUAAUGUUAUUUCUGCAAAUCCAUUAGUUAGCCGCCAGCCAAAGUUGAAUAAGAAAUACACAUAUACACGCCUUUACAAAAUUCGGACUAAGUACUGAGGGCACACUUCCAGACUACUUAUAUUUCGGGAACAAACCACUAUUGGUCCAACAUGGUUUCGAGCAAAAUGCGUCAAAAGCAAGCACGGCAUAUAAGAGAGAAAGUAAAAACCGCAAAGUUCCGUUCUGCCAUGUAUUCAACGGCUGGUCUAUUUCUUGAAAUGUAAAUCAAAAUUAUUAAAUAAAUUUUCAAUAACAAUCGAUUACAAAAUUGAAAUUAUAAUAUUAAUUAUCAUGCAGCGUACUUCAAAAGCCAUUAAUUUACACUAGAAUGCCGACUGUUCUACGCAAAUAUAUGGUAGAUUUGAGCCUACAAAGUUCAAAAUAGAGAAAUUGUUUGAGAUAGUAAAAUGCACACUCAAAAUUCAUGGCGCCUGGCAGUUUGCCAAUGCUACUUAUGACCUAUUUCAUACGGUUCACGAUCUUUGGGCUUUGUUAUAGUCCUAUAUGACGUCACUAUAUUAAGACAGAGUAAUGUGUAUUUUUCCUUACACGGAAAAUACGCCGCAUGUUAUUUAAAAACUCUCGAAUAAAAAUGAAAGGACGUGUUGGAUUCACAUAUAUUUCGGAAAGUAGAAAGGUUUUUCGUAUCUUCACUUUAUCCUUUCUCAAAGCGCACAGUUUGAAAAAGACGUAGUGGUGCAUCAAAUGUGCGGUUAAAAGAAUACUUGUAGUGAAUUCGUCCCGUAAACAGUGGUCUGAAUGUAUAAGAUCAGUGAAAACCAAUGAGGAAAAUGCAUAGUACUUCGUAGAUAUUUGAUCCCGUUUGCGGGUUUUUCAAGCGUCCAGAACGAGCUCUUUCAAGGGCUGUCAUCCUAUCCUAGCCGUCACUUUGGAAUUACGUUACAAGAAAAUUAAUAUGACAACAAAUCAUGUAGCCAUCUUAGUAAACCUCUGUAUGUAGAAACGCAUUCCUGAGUUUAAGGUAGCUUGCCACACACUCCUGCGAAGUUAAAGUCAAACUUGGUGGUGCUAGUGCAAUUGCUUUUUGUAAUAACGAACAUAUACCGAUUUUGGUAUAUAAUGAACACGGUUCAGUUGACAAAUGAAUUCCGAUCUGCCAAUAACAAUCGGCAGUGCAGAUGCAAUGUAAACAACAGUUUAAUCAUGAACAAGUGCAUAAUCGUGUUUGACCUUGCCUAAAUCACAUGCGAAUAUUCGGCUGAUUGUCGCCGAAGUACUGUCGGCCCUUCUAUGGUAACUAUAUAAAAAGCAAAGCUAACCCCUAUUCUAUUGUAAUGUCAUUUCACGAGCUGUUUGGCAAUCAUAUUUGCGAUAAAAUGUUGCCUUUCAAUUCGUGGAGAAGCUUAAAUAGGUUCAAGAAGUAUGAAGCGAAGGAUCAGACAGUAGUUGAAGUCUGAGUUCAAGCCGUAAAACACGUUUUAUUUUUUUCACUGUCAAAUCCGUUCGAUCACCUCAAUGACUUCUGAUGCGUAUGUAUAUAUGGUAUCAGCAUGGGUUUCAUUUUCAAUGAGGAGCAAUUUUAUUUUUGUCUUAAAUUAUACUUAGGUCAGACAUAUGUGAAACACUAACAUUUUUACACAAAAAUAACAGUGGCAAAGACAUAAAUGCAAUGAUAAUUAAGCGAACGAGUACUUCACAAAGAAGUUAAAGAAAUAUGCCAAUACCAACUUAACGUAAGUGUUGUUUUUUUCUAAAGGACAACUUUUCAUCUGAUUGUCACUGGACGCGCAAUAAGAUGUCACUCUUUGCUUAAUAAGUAUAAAUAAUUGUUUAUUUAAAGGCACACUGACGUUUACAGGAGAGCGUUAGCUUUAUCCUUAAACCUCUUUUGUUCAUGGUGUGAACGUUUAUUAUAUAGACCUGUUGAUACUCUCCGCCUAUUGAAUGAACUCGGGGUUUGCUCUUGUAAGUCUCAGGCUUAAGACCUUUGAACAGUGGGCCGUGACUAAAAAAUCGAUCGAAUAUUGUCUACCAUCUAUUUAACUAAAAUAUAUUUUGCACUAAGUUUCGACGUGUUUAACAAGAGGGGAUAUCGAUAAUUCCGUUGCUUUUUGCUGAUGAAUCAAGCGCAUAUUCCACGGAGUAUCAGAUACAUACAAGAAAGAAGACUACGACUGCAAAAUGUAUUAAGGGCACCUAUAGACCAAGAAGAAAACAGAACACUCAGGAUUACGGAGUUGAUUGCGUAUUUUCCAGCAUUUAAUGACACAAUAUGCUGUUUCGUUUUGCGAAACUCAGGACAUAUCGAUGAAUUUUUCUGUUUAACUGCGUGAAAUAAAAUGCAAAAUAUACUUUGCCUGAAAAUUUCCCUGGAUUUAACAACAUGCCAUUUAUGUUAUCCUUUAAACGCCGCAGGUGAUUUUUGAAAUUCACAACCAAUGCCAACACGCACUUCAAUAUUCACACUAUUUAACAUUAUUAUAAUUAUUGUUCCAGAUGAUCAAUGUUCUUGCCCAAACAUAGGUAAGAUGAUACGAUCAUUACAUACUUAUUUCUGCUUUGCAAGAAACGCAAAUGCGUUUUUAUUCUUUAGAUGAGGCGAUAGAGCUGCCAACGUGUAAACGCAGUGGUGAGUGUUGUGUUCCCCAAAUUCACAUGUGUAGCUAAAAGGAUAAUUAAUGAGAAGUGUUAUUUUCAAAUUUAGCAAUAUUCGACUGCUCUGGAUAUUGCCAAACAUAAUGAGUGAGAAAACCCGCUCCGGAGUUAUUAAUUCUAUGCAAAUUGGAACACAUGUUUUUUUUUUGAUUAUGACUAUUAUUAAGGAGAGUCGUGCAUUAAAAUUUAUUCAUACUGUCUUUCAAACAGAAUUCUAUGAGGCUAAUUUAACAAAAAUAAAACAAUGGGAUCUUGAUAUGCGAAACAUAAUUUACCAGUGAGCAAUGUAUAUUAUUUUAGAUUUACACGGUAAUGUCUCGAAGAAAAGGCUGUUGAUCUGCCUAAUACACCAACGAAAACCCGUCUUUCUUUUUUGA